AUGCGGCAGGGAGAGCAGCAGCCGGCCCCUUGCACGCCCGGCGGCGGCUGCUUGGCCCCGCUCACCAACGCGACGCCGGGCUCGCGAGCGCGCCGCAAGUACCGCACGCCGAGGUCCCAGCGGAAGAAACGGAGGUCCAGACAGGUCGAGGGCCUCUUCUUCAGUCUGGCUGCCAGCGAGGCGGCGGGCCCCGCGCUCCCGGCCCUGUCUCGAGCCCCCAGGCAACAAGCUGGGUCCCCGGCCCUCCUCGUGCUCUCGUACGACGCGGGCGACCCCGGCCCCGCGGCCGCGCUCUCCUUCGGGACCCCCCGCGUCGGACAGACGCGCGUCCGGGACCUCCAGGUCCGCAACGCCACCUCGGGAGCGCAGUACGUCGCUGUUGAAAUCCCAUCGGGCGACUGGGCGGCCGCUUGGGGCGCGGACGACGCCGUCCCUGCCGACGGGAACGGAGCCGAGGGGGUAGAGGUGCCGGCGGGGGCAACGGUUCGGUUCCAGGUGGCGUGGACGCCCUCGCAGGCCGGAACUGUCGCCGAGGCACUCGCGCUCGUUUGGGGCGCCGCGCGGGCCCGGCGCGUACAGGUCGAGCUGCGCGGACGAGCUGCCGCAAGCGCCGCUCCGGACGCGAGGCCCGCCGCGACGGCGCCGCCGCGGCGCCUGAAGCUCCAGCGGCCCGCGAGCGCCGCGGGCGCGGGCGCGGACGCCGCUCCAGCAGGCCUGCUCGUGGCGCUGCGCGCCCGACUGUGGUGGGCGCUCUCCGGCGACGUUGCGACCGCGGACGGCCUCGGACGCGUCGCCCGCGCGAUCGACGACGGCCGUAUUGCCCUGGACGCGGCGCGGACGUUCGUGCGGGACGUGGGCGCGCGGGAGCGCGCAUUUGAUGCGCUUUCAAGCUACCACCCGUUGUGGCUGCGGGCGGCCGCGGAGGUGGUGGCGUCGCGGUCGGCGGCGGCGGUGCUCGGCGCGGACGCGGGCGCGCGGGAGGUGCGCGCGCUCGUGGGCGCCGCGGUGCUCGGCGACGGCGGCGGGCUGCGGGGGGAGUUUGCCAACCCUCUGAGCGCGGACGCGGGGGAGUACGGCGCGGCGCAGGGGCGCGCGGCGCUGCUGCGGACGAUUCAGAUGGUCGUCGCGCUGGACCGCGCGGUCGCGGGCGCGGGGGACGGUCCGACGGUGAGCGGCGCACCGCCGCUCUUCCUCCCGCACAGCGGCGUCGCGUCGUCCCGCGAGGUGCUCGCGCGGGUCGUGAACGGCAGCCUGAAGGCCGGCGGCGACCUCGCGCGCGAGCUCCACCUCAUGGGCUGCGCGCUCCGGCACCAGCAGUCCCCCCACCUCAUGACAGACCUGACCGUUGCCGACCUCGGCGCCGACAUGCGCGACGGCCUGCGGCUCUGCCGCCUCGCCGAGGUCCUGGCCGGCGCGGCGCCGGGCGCGAUCCUCGGCCACGCGCGGCUCAACGCGCGGUCGCGGGGGGCGAAGGAGCACAACGUCGGUCUGGCGCUGGCGGCGCUGGAGAGCGCAGGGCUGUCGCUGCGGGGCAUCGCGACGUCCGCGGGCCCCGUGGACGCGAAGGCGCAGGACGUGGUCGACGGGAACAGGGAGCGUACGCUGGGCCUGCUGUGGCGCGCGUUCGCCACGUUCGACGCGCCGUCGCUGCUCGACACUCCCGCCGUGAGCCGGGAGGUGUCCGUGCUGUCCGCGCGGCACCGGCCGGGCGUGCAGGCGCUGGGGCUCGAGCUCGCGCGGUCGCCGCACCCGCACGAGCCGCCCAUGGGCUGGGUGCAGCGCUGGGCCGCCGUGACGUGCGCGGGCUACGGCGUGGCGGUGCGCAACCUCUCGUGGUCGUUCGCGGACGGCCAGGCGCUCUGCGUGCUCGUCCACCACUACCGCCCGGACCUCCUGCCGGCCUCCGCGAUCUUCCGCCCGCCCCCGCCGACCAGGGCGGAGGUGCGCGCCGCCCUGGGCGUGUCAAACGGCGACGACACCAACGCAGUGUCUGACGCGCCCUGCGCGCUGCCCGGGGCCGCGUCCGACGAGCUGGGCCUCGCGGCGCUCCGGCGCCGCGCCCACCAGGCCGCGGCUGCCGCGGAGCUCGGGGGGGGGUCUCUCCUGACGUGGGGGGAGGUGUUCGAGGCGCAGGGCGCGGUCGUCGACCGCCUUGCGCGCGACCUCGCCGCCGGCGUCCGGCGCAACUUCGCCGCCGUCGAGACCGCGCUCCGGCGCCUCGGCGGCGUCCCGAUGACGCUCUCCGGCCAAGACCUCCUCACCCACGGCCCGCACCCGGGCGCGGUCGGCAUGCUUCUAUGCCACCUCGCUCCGCGGCUCCUGCCCGAGACCGCGCCGCACCGCGCCGCCGCGCGCAUCCAGCACGCGUGGCGCGUCCACCGCUUUCUCGCCGCGCCCUCUCGCGUCGCCGGCGCGCAGCGCGCGGCCAUGCAGCGGGCGGCAGGCACCAUCCAGCGCGGAUGGCGAGCGUUCCUGCUGCGCAAACGUCUCGCUGCGGCGCGCGGGCGGCCCGCCGCGGUCGAGCGCGGCAUCGUGCGGAUGCAGGCGAUCGUUCGCGGCCGCAUUGCGCGGGCGGAGGCCGCGAGAGUGCUGGCGGGAGUGGUCGUGUGGGAGCGCCGCGCGCUGCCGCACGUGGUCCGUUUGCAGGCGGGCGCGGGCGGUGCUGAGCCAGGCGUCGUUGUCGAGGAGGGCUGCUUCCACGAAGCGGGGCGCAGGGAUCGCGUGGCGGUCGCGGUGUCGCCGGUCGUGAGCGUCGUGGGCGCGGAGAUGACGAACGACGACGUGGUCGAUAUGAGCUUCGCGUCUGACAUCUCCCUGACAGCGAUACAGGAGGCCCCCAGCGACUCUCCGGGGCAGGCUGCGGGGGGCGACGGUGAUGCGAUCACUCGGCCGGCGCCAGGCCGCGCCGGGGAGGAGGGCGUGAGCUUCGGCACACUGCCGACAGGGCAGGAGAACGAGGCUGCGGGCGCGACGCCACGCAGCGUGACGCAGUCGGGCGGAGGCGCUGCGCUGCAGGCUCUGUCGCUCAACCUGGAUGUUGUGCGGGCGAGCCCGUGCGAGGUUGUCGAGGAGGGCGUCGUCGCGCAGAUCGCGGUGCGCGGCCCCGUCGCUCCAGUGCACGCGGAAAGCUCGCCCGUCGUCGCGGCCGGGCCGCUGUCGACGCCUGUGCGCGAGGCAGCAGCACCGGCGUCGCCCCGCGGCGCGGUCACGUCGCCGCUGGAGCGCGAACUGCUCUCGGACGACGUCGAGCGCGCGUGGCGCGACAGCGCGGCGUCGUCGCCCCGGUGCGACGUCAGCGGACCGCGACGCAGUUCUUCGGGCGACGGCAACACAGAACCCAGCGUCCUGCGCCUGGAGCGUUUGAGCUUCGCGGAGGCCGCGUCGCCCCGCGUCGGCUCCGGCAAGGCCGCUGCGGCCAUAUGGGCUCGCGAUUCGGCGAGUCCCGCGGGCGCCGCGGCCGCGACGCCGGAACCAUCGGGUGGAACGUCAGUCGUGGUUGGCCGUCUGCUUGAGGAGGAGAUCGAGAGUCUGCGGCGGGAGCUCGGGUCCGUCGCAGCGAGCCCGCUCGCGGCGGAGCUCACGUCGCCCGUGACGUUCUCGUCGCACGAGUCGCAACACACCCCCGGGGGGUCUGUUUCGUCGCCCGACACCGCGGCAUCGCCGCCGGGGGCUGAGCCCGCGGCCGCGGAGCCGGACAGUGCUAGGGACGCGCAGGCCGAGGUCGCGCCGGCGCCUGCGGCGUCUGCGCGGACCGAGGCGGAGGUGUCACUGGUGUCAGAGGUGCUCCACCUGCAACGGAGCCACGAAGCGGCCGUCAGCGACGAGGCUGCACAAGAUCUGCGUGAGACUGCCGCGACGGUGAUCCAGAGCCACUACCGCGGCUUCGCUGCCAGGCGGGACGUCGCGGAGCUGCGCCGGCUGCGGUGCGCGGCGCGUGAGCAGGCGGACGCAAGGCGGGCACUGGUGGCGAUCCAGGCGCACGUGCGCGGGUGGCUGGCGCGGCGGACGUACGCUGCAACGCUGGCGGCGCGGGAGGGCGCUGCGGCGAGGAUCCAGGCGUGGGUGCGCGGGUGGCUCGUGCGCCGCUACCUCGCCGAGCGGGCAUCGGCGGCCGAGGCGGAGCGCCAGCAACAGCUGCGCGAGUCUGCCGCGACGACGAUCCAGGGCCACUACCGCGGCUUCGCCGUCAGGCGGGACGUCGCGGAGCUGCGCAGCCUCUUGCACGCGGUUCAGGCGCAGGAGGGCGCGGUGCGGGCCGUGGUGGCGAUCCAGGCGCACGUGCGCGGGUGGCUGGCGCGGCGGACGUACGCUGCAACGCUGGCGGCGCGGGAGGGCGCAGCGGCGAGGAUCCAGGCGUGGGUGCGGGGCCGGCUGCUGCGGAGGGCGAUGGCGCGGUACCACGGCUGCCUCGACGCCGCCAACAGGGCGCUGAUCGAGGAAUCGGACGCGUGCAGACACCUGCGCUUCGGUGCAUCGGCCUGCGCGCGCGUCAAGGCGGCGCGCGGCGAGCUCACGGCGGCGAUCCGGGCGCUCCAGCGCACUGUCGGCCCGGAGGUUGCAGACACGAUGUCGGUCGCUGCGCGAUGGGAGACUCACGAGGAGAACGUCGCGCGCGCCGUCGUUGCGUCGUUCCGUGCGCAGCUGACGACGGAGGAGAUCCGGCGCCUGCUCGGCGACAAGGACGCGCUGCCGGCUGGGUACAGCGUCACAGAGGCGUUCGCGCUCGUGGACUACUGGCUGCGGUUGACGUUGUAUGAGGUGGCAUCGGGGCGCAAGUCCAGUCGGAUGGCGCACUGGGAGAGGAACACGCUCAUGGACGGCCUUGCGGCGGAGCUGGCAGCCCGCGAGAGCCGCUACCGCGGCUUCGCCGCCAGGCGGGACGUCGCGGAGCUGCGCCGGCUGCUGUGCGCGGUGCGCGAGCAGGAGGGCGCGGUGCGGGCCGUGGUGACGCUCCAGGCGCACGUGCGCGGGUGGCUGGCGCGGCGCACGCUUUUGCGCAAUCGUGACUUGCAGCGCGCGGACGGGACCGACGCGGUGGCGCGUGCGUCGGAGUCGGAGUCCUCUUCGGUCGCGGACGACGAUCUGUCGGACUGGGCCCCGGAGGACGGCGACGCUGCGCUGGAGAGGGCUGCGGUGAUGAUGCAGGAGCACUUGUACGGUCGCGACGCGGCCGCCACGGAGCGCGCGAGGACGGCAGAGAUGGCGCGGGCGGCCGUCGUGAUUCAGGCGCACUACAGGAGCCGCGUGGCGCGGCGCGCGUUCGCGCGCACGCUGCGCGAUGCCCGCGCCACACGUGACAGGACGGCAGAGAUGGCGCGGGCGGCCGUCGUGAUUCAGGCGCACUACAGGAGCCGCGUGGCGCGGCGCGCGUUCGCGCGCACGCUGCGCGAUGCCCGCGCCACACGUGACAGGACGGCAGAGGUGGCGCGGGCGGCCGUCGUGAUUCAGGCGCACUACAGGGGCCGCGUGGCGCGCCGCGCUGCGGCGCAGAUACGAGAGGAGCGCGCCGCUGUCGCUGCUGCGCAGCGGAAGGCCGCGGCGGUCACGAUCCAGGCGUACGUGCGCGGCAUGGCGGUGCGCAGGGCCCUGGGAGCCGAGGCGGCGCGCACGCGCGCAGCGGUGGUGCUCCAGGCGCGGAAGCGCGAGGCCGAGCGGAUCCUCGCCGAGAUGCGCGCCGUCGUGACGAUCCAGGCGCAUGCGCGCGGGUGGCUCGCGCGCCGCGCCGCCGCGGCAAUGAGGGACGAAGCCCGCGCUGCGCGUGUCAUGCAAGCAGCGACGCUGAUCCAGGCCCACGUGCGCGGCUGGUCGGAAGCGUCGGGCACCGCGAUGGCGGCUGCGACGCCGGAACGGCGCCACGCGUCUGAAAUGGCAGAACUUGACACCCCCGGGGUUGUCCUCUGUCAGUCGGACUGCGGCGAUGCGGAGGACGUCAUCGCGGCGACCCCUCCCUCGCGGCUGCCGUCGCCGCGCUUGCGCGAGGGCACGCCGGCGGCGCAGGACGCGGCGCCGUUGUCGGUGCUUGGUGGCCCGUCGCCAGCCCCUUGUCUCGGCGAGGCCUUCGUGGGCAGCCCCGUGGAAGUGCGCGUGUCGGACGGAGCGGUGUCGAGCGUCGAGGAGCAGGAGGAGGCCGCGAGCGAGGUCACGGCCAUUGCCGCUGCCGCUGGACUCCCCCUCCCACUCCCCUCCUCGCCCGUGGAAGAGGAGCCGCGCAUGGACGCUGCCGUGGAAGCGCCUGCGGCUGGACCGGCCGCCGCGCCGGACGAGCCGACCGCGCAGCAGCCCGAUGCUCAUCUCGACGGUGCCUGCGGCGCGCCGGGCGUGCCGGAGCUGAUCGGGGCGCUCGGGGGCGACGACGACGCGGCCGCGCAGGCCGCCGGCCAGGCGCUCGCCACCAGCUGCCUCCACAACGACGUGUCCUGCGCCGCAGUGGUGGCUGCCAACGGCGUCCCCGACAUAGUUCGCGCAGCGCGGAGGUGUCUGCGCCGCGGCUCCGGUCCGCACGUGCGCGUCCUGAAGCUCGCGUUUGCGUGCCUGCUUGGGCUCGCGCGGCGCCCGGGGCCGGCCCGCGCCAUCCUGGACACCCCCGGGGGGGUCGACGUCGCCAUGGAGGCCAUGCAACUGUUCCGGGACGACGAGGCGGCAUUCAACGGUGCUGCGGCGCUGAUCCACCGCCUCGCGGAAGACUCCGACCGCGCGCGCGCCGUCGCGGCCGUCCCGGGCGUGACGUCGAGCCUGACGUGGUUGACGCGGAAGUCCCCCGUGCGUGCGUCGCCGAGGCGGGUGCGGGACCUCCCGCGAUCGCCCAAGGCAACGGGCGAACUCGGGAAGCUCCUGGCUCGGUCGGCGGAGCAGCGUCAUGUGCGUCCAGAGGUGCGCGAUGCGCGGAAGGACGUGGAGAACUCGGGGUCGGCUCCCGCGGGGCCGUCGGUCGUGCCGAAGGACAGGGGGGGGGGUUCUGGUGCCAAGGGGGGGCUGUGGCGGGGUGGGGCGCUGCGUUCGCGGCUGCCGACGGGGCAGGUGGCGAACGUCGCGAAGGCGGCGGGGCCGUCCAGGCUCCCGCGGGCCCCGAAGCAGCAGUAA